AUGUUCAACAAACUUUCCGCGCUUCUCGCUGUGGUUUUGCUAGUGCCGAUAUGUGCCGCCGACUUCAUGCAAGCAAUGGAUGGAUCCUGCCCGACGGCGGCCACUAUUGUAUGGAAUAUCACCGGAACCGCCUCCACUAGUGGAUGGCUGGGUUUCUCGGCGAUGUCCCCGGGGAGUGACCGCGCGACAAAUGUGAAAGACAAGAAUGGCAUCAUCCAAUUCAAUCUCAAUAUCACCACUGAUGGAAAAGUGAUCAUGAAUGACAAAAUUAAAAAUCUCGGCUGGCGCGGCGCCAAAAAGCGAAUCGAGAAGACGCAGUCAUUCUUCACCGCCGGAAACCCGUUCAGCUUCACGAUUACGUUCGUCAAAGCGCAAAACUACCAAUGGACACUGGCCGCAUCCGGAUUUACAUCGGCUUCGAUGAAGACACGUCUGAAGGGGCGGAGUAUGCCAAAAUAUUCUGUUACCACCGGAUCUAUCGCCAGUACUACGCUACAAGCUUGC